CCUGUUUGCUGUUAUAAUGCGGAGACAAAACGAAAUUGCCGUGUUAUUCUGCGGGUCCCCGGACUACCCGCUGAUAAUCCGCAGCAGUCUGAAGGAGCUUCACACAUGGGGGGUAAUGCUAACUGUUCGUGUCGAAAAUGUCUUGCAGGAGGGCCACGUGAGUUAACCGAGUCUAAUGAGGGAUAUCAUGCACUUCAUUAUGUGGGUGGGAAUCAAUUGCAAACAGCAACCGGCACUAAGGACAAGGUAGCGCAGCACUGGAUCGAAGUACUACUUUCCAAAUCGCACCAAAUGAAAGCAUCUGAUCCUGGAAAGUCUGCAGAUGAGAUCGCCAAAGAGCUUCGUGAUUGGUUUGAAGCGCAACCUGGUCUUGAUCCAUUGCAAGAUACCCCAUUUGAAAUUCUCCAUACAAUUCUCCUUGGAAUCAUUAAGUAUGUUUGGUACAUGCUCCACAGUAACUGGUCUGAAGUGGAGCAGAAUCUAUUCACCAUUUGGCUUCAAUCCACAGAUAUUGAUGGGUUAAGUGUUCCCCCUAUUCGAGCAGCAUAUAUGAUGCAAUAUCGGAAUGCACUCAUCGGGAAGCACUUCAAAACACUAAUGCAAACUAUUCCAUUUCAUGUCCACAACAUUACCUCACCCAGUCAAUUUGCCCUCGUGAAGGCUGUUGCCGAGCUCGGGGCUCUUCUUUGGGUACAUGAAAUUGAUGAUAUGAAGCAAUUCUGGUGCAGUGAUCUUGAAAUUCUUAUCGGAAAUGUUCUGGAUGCCUUUGGCGAUGGCGAUCCUGCAAAAAUUACCAUCAAAAUGAAACUCCACAUUUUACCCCAUAUUAUUGAAGACAUCUUACGCUACGGUCCUGCGAUUCGAAAUUCCACCGAG